AUGACAGACACAUCCGUCAAUGCGCUUGUCCUCCACGGUGCGAAGGACCUGCGCCUGGAAACACGCCCCGUACCCGCCCCAACCGGCACCUCCGUCCAAGUCGCCGUGCAAGCCACCGGCCUCUGCGGCUCCGACCUACACUACUACACCCACGGCCGGAAUGGCGACUUCGUCGUCCGCGAGCCAAUGUGUCUAGGCCACGAGUCCUCAGGCACAGUCACUGCCGUUGGAGGCGACGUCAAGAACCUGAAGGUCGGCGACCGCGUCGCGUUAGAAGUCGGUCUGCCGUGCCGCAAGUGCGCCCUCUGUCAGCAGGGCCGGUACAAUAUCUGCACUGCGAUGCAGUUCCGCAGCAGCGCGAAGCAGUUCCCACACCUGGACGGUACGCUCAUGGAGCGGACGAAUCAUCCCGCCAACAUGUGCCAUCUCCUGCCGGACAAUGUGUCUGAUGCCGGUGGAGCCUUGGUUGAGCCGUUGGCUGUGUGCUUGCAUGCUAUUCGGCGGUCGAGGCCGCCGACGGCCGAGCAGGUGGCUCUGUCGAAGGGUGCGGGAGAGGGAACUGCGGCGCUGGUGUUUGGCGCGGGUGCCAUCGGGUUACUCCUCGCUUCUGCGCUGGCUACAUCAGAGCAGUUUACUUCUAUCGUAGUGGCAGAUAUCGACCCCUCGCGAUUGAAGAUUGCCGAGGCGUUGGGUCUAGGUCUGAAGACAGCGCUGAUUCCUCGCGGUGAUCCUGCCCAUCCGCCUCCUGCGCCGGAUGCUCCGCACGCAGAACAGAUCGCGUUCGCACUACAGAAUGCCCAACGCGUCGCAGGCACACUCACGGCAGCAGCUGUCAGCGGCGACGAUCUUCCAGUCCCCGGCUUCAGUCGCGUCUACGACUGCACGGGCGUGCCAGCCUGCGUGCAGGCAGGCAUCUACGCCUCCGCACCAGGCGGCAUCCUCGUUCAGAUCGGAAUGGGAAAUCCCAUCCAGACACUCCCCGUUGGCGCCGCGGCGCUGCGCGAGGUCGAUAUCAUUGGCGUCUUCCGGUAUGAUGGGUAUGCGUACCCGGCUGCUAUUGCGUUGAUGGCGAGUGGGAAGAUGGCCAAGGUGGAGGAGCAGGUCGUUACGCAUCGGAUCAAGCUUGCGGAUGGGGAGCGUGCGUUCGAGCUUGCUGGUAAGGGGGUUGAUGAGAUGGGGAAGCCAGUAGUCAAGGUUGUGAUUGAGAGUUAG